AUGUCCGACCCUGUAGCAGCCCCCGCUGCUCCGACCGGUACUCGCCCCCGCAAUCGACGCCGGAGAGGCCCCGCCAAUCGCGAAGGCCAACAAAACAGACCAGCCCAGCCCGCAGAUGGCCAAACUCCAGUUCAAGUACCACAAGCUCAACCCGAAGCUAGCCCAAAUCCUGUGAGCUCGGGUGGUCAACCUCGUCCUCGCCGACCGAAUCGCGAAGGGGGAGGAUCUAGACCACGAAGGGGUCGUGGCAAUGGCACGCAAAACCCACCGAUGGAAAAUGGAGAGCAAUCCGGACAGCCACCACAUGUCCAGUCGCGCGGUAUGCGUGCGAAAGGAUUUGGAGCAAAGCUGACAAAGCCUGAGCACGAAUCUGGUGAUCCAAACGGAUCCCUGGUAGAUGGCCUCCGGCCUGAUGUACCGGCCUUUGUACCUGGGAUGCCUUCUUCAACCAUGGAAUCUGAAUCCUUUUCAGCGAAGGGCAAGGGCAAAGGCAAGCCAAAACCACCGCCCAGAACGCCAAAGGUUACGACAAAAUCUGUAGCCAACGAUAUCGCAACGCGGAUUCACGAAGACAUCGCUCACAACCUUUACGAGUGCCCCAUAUGCACCAGCGAGUUAGGCCGGAGAUCCAAAGUCUGGUCUUGCGAAUUAUGUUGGACUGUUUUCCACUUGAGUUGUAUCAAGAAGUGGUCUACAAAUGAAGGUGCGGCUGCACAAAAUAACAACAGAGAGCCUGACAAUGGUGAGGGCUCCGUCAACCCUCGAGCUUGGCGAUGCCCUGGCUGCAAUCUCUCACAUGAGACCUUCCCCACCAGCUAUACCUGUUGGUGCGAAAAAGAAGUUGACCCAAGGUCAUUCCCUGGUCUACCUCCCCACUCCUGUGGACAGACAUGUUCUCGACCACGUAAGGGCUGCCCUCAUCCCUGUGAUACGACUUGUCACGCGGGUCCAUGUGCACCUUGUAAUGCAAUGGGACCGACCCAAGAUUGCUUUUGUGGUCGAAACUCCAGUCAAAAACGAUGCCAAGAUACAAAUUAUGAGCAAGGAUGGAGCUGCGGAGAGAUUUGUGGUGACCUUCUCCCUUGUGGAGAGCAUACCUGCACUCUUCCAUGUCACGAGGGCCUAUGUGGGGCCUGUGAAGUCAAAAUUGAAGCUCGUUGUUAUUGUGGCAAAUUAGAGACUGAGAUGCUUUGCAGCUCAAAGGAAGAUGAAAUCGACAGCCAAAUGGUUCGUGCUGAUGGAACCGAAGAAGAAUGGACCGGCCUCUUCAGCUGUAGUGAUGUCUGCAGCCGUGCCUUUGACUGUGGAGUGCAUUCAUGUGAGAAGAGUUGCCAUCCCCAAGACUCGCUUCCCGCCCAUUGCCCAAGAUCGCCAGAUGCCGUUCUACGAUGCCCCUGUGGAAAGACUGGACUGAGCGACAUCCCCGGUUAUACCCCUCGUACUUCCUGCGAAGAUGACAUUCCCCAUUGCUUGGAAUCAUGCGGCAAAAUGCUACCGUGUGGUCAUUCUUGCGAUCAAAUUUGCCAUACGGGCCCCUGCGGAUCCUGUCGCCGCCAUGUACCGGUCAGUUGUCGAUGUGGCCGCACCACUGGAAUGAGUGUAUGUCAUCAAGGUGAUCUUCACGCCCCUUUAUGUCCCCGUACGUGCAAGGCCACGCUGCAUUGUGGUCGCCAUACAUGCACAGAGAGAUGUUGUCCAGGAGAACAGACAGCCAUUGAGCGCCAGGCUCUGCGGCGCAAACUCAAGGCCCACCUCCGCCCUUCAGACGAAGAUAUCGAGGCCGAGCACAUAUGCACACGUAUAUGUGGUCGCAUGCUGAAAUGCGGAAAACACACGUGUCCUGAGCUCUGCCAUAAGGGUGCUUGCAAUACCUGCCGCGAAGCAGUAUUCGAGGAGAUUGCCUGCAAUUGCGGAAGAUCCAUUCUGUAUCCACCACAGCCAUGUGGAACGAAGGCACCCCAGUGCUCUUUCCCUUGCAAUCGUCCUAAGACCUGUGGCCACCCUCAAACUGCGCACAAUUGUCACGAUGAUGAGGAGGCCUGUCCGAAGUGUCCCUUCUUGACAGAGAAGCCAUGCCUGUGUGGUAAGCGGGUGAUGAAAAAUGUGCCCUGUUGGCUUGCUGAUUCCCGCUGUGGUCAAGUCUGCGGGCAGCCAAUGAAGUGUGGUUCCCAUUUCUGCAAGAAGGAUUGCCAUCGAUCGGGAGACUGUGAAGAUGCAAACAAGCCUUGUCAACAAGGCUGUGGUAAAACCAAAACAUUGUGCGGUCAUCCAUGCACUGAUCCUUGCCAUGCGCCAUAUCCUUGCCCGGAAAAGAAACCAUGCUCAUCUACUACAACAAUCACCUGCGGUUGUGGACGUCUGCGUCAGCAAAGACGAUGCAACGCCGCCAAAGCAGUCACUUCCAAGGGCCAACUACAGCAGCCAGAGCGCCUGCCAGUGCUCACUCCCUUGGCAUGCGAUGACGAAUGUAGCCGCUUAGAACGGAAUCGCUCCUUGGCAUCUGCCCUGGGCGUUGACAUCGACCAAACAACCACCACGCAAGCCAUAUCUUCCUCCAAUCUCCCUUAUUCUACCGAAACUCUUGAUCAGUACAUCAAGCUUGCAUCAUCAGUUUCACUUUCGACUCUGCAAACUUAUGAGUCAACACUACAUGCAUUGGCAGUGGACCCUUCCAAUCGAUCAACUCGGUUCCAGCCCGCUAAAUCCACCCUUCGCUCAUUUACCCAUUCCCUAGCAACAGACUGGGGCUUCGUCACUGAAAGUCACGACCCCGAGCCGCAUCGUCACGUCUUUGUCUUGAAGCCAUUGGCUUGGACACCAUCUGUGUUCGGCACGGGUAGCGGUAACUCGAUCGGUAUUGGCGGAAUGAGCGUGCGGGAGUGUGUGAAGCUUCGUGAGCGUGAACGCACCAAGGAGCGCGAGGCGCAACGUGUUGCCGCUCUAGAGGCCAAGGCCGCCCGUAAUGCAGCAAAAGGAGAAUCCGGCGGCGUGUCUGGUGACGGCUGGGCUCAAGUUGCUUCUCGGACUAAGGGCAGUGCUAGUAGUACUAGGAGUACUACGCCUGUACAGAAUCCGUUUAGUAGCCGGACUCUGUUCUCCGCACUGUCUGGCGAGGGAGGACAAGACCCAUCGUCUAAGAAGGAGCGCUUGGUCCUUCGGUCGGGUAUUGGUGCUGGCAAAGCAUUGCGCAAAGAACCAGCUGAAGAGGUAUUGGAUAGCUGGGAGGAAGCGGAGGAGAAAGAGGAACAGGUAGAGCGCGAGCAGGAAAAAGGCACUCUUACUGAGGAUCAACAACCGAUUGAUCCCAUCUCUGAUGCACAGGAUGCUGCGCAGCCGGCUGAGACAGCUGAUGAGGUUGCCACCGAUCUGGUGAAUUGA